AUGCCUAAACCUGUACUAUACACCGUCCAUCUUAGUCCACCGUGCCGGGCAGUGGAACUAACCGCAAAAGCGUUGGGCCUGGAGCUGGAACGCAAGAUGGUGAACCUGCUGGCUGGGGACAACUUGAAGCCGGAAUUCUUGAAGCUCAACCCAAAGCACACGAUUCCGGUGCUGGAUGAUAAUGGGACAAUCAUCAGCGAAAGUCAUGCCAUCAUGAUUUAUCUGGUGCAAAAGUUUGGCAAGGCUGAUGCGCUCUAUCCGUCCGACAUUGUUCAGCAAGCUCGGGUCCAUGAGGCACUCCAUUUCGAGUCGGGAGUGUUAUUUGCUCGGCUUCGCUUCAUUACGGAACUCGUCAUUUUCGCACGGAAAUCAGAAAUUCCCGACGAUCGUAUCGAGUACGUGAGGAAGGCGUACCGACUUCUGGAAGAUUCUUUGCGCGAUGACUUUGUAGCUGGGUCCCAAAUGACUAUUGCGGAUUUUAGCUGCAUUUCGACGGUUGCCUCUACGGUGGGUUUCAUUCCAUUAGACAGCACGGAAUUCCCGCGCACAACUGCCUGGAUGGAACGUAUGAAGCAACUUCCGUACUACGAGGAAGCAAAUGGUACCGGCGCGACCGAGUUGGGACAAUUCAUAGUGAACCAGUUGGCAGAGAACGCCAAAGCCUGA